GACUACUAUUCGCAAUUUCUAGGUAAAGGUUACAACAGUGUAUACGGGUAUAAAAUUAAAGGGUUCCGAAAAGAAUUUGAUGCUUUCAUUUCUGGAUUCACUCUCUCAUGGCUAGGCCAUCAUGGUUGGUUGACAGCAACAGAAUUGCUACUAAAAUUAGGACUGCUUCAGCUGCAUCUGAUCCAGCAAAAGUCAAUUGGCAAAGCAAUCCAUCAAAAUCUUGCCCAAAUUGCCAAUAUAUUAUUGACAAUAGUGAUGUAGAAAAUCAGUGGCCAGGUCUACCCAGAGGCGUGAAAUUUGACCCUUCUGACCAAGAGGUCAUUUAUCAUUUACUUGCAAAAGUUGGUGUUGGGAAUUUGGAACCUCAUCCUUUCAUUGAUGAGUUCAUUCCAACAGUUGAUGAAGAUGAUGGCAUCUGUUAUACGCAUCCUCAAUAUUUACCCGGUGUGAAGCAGGAUGGAAAUGCAUCGCACUUCUUCCACAGAGCAAUCAAAGCCUAUAAUACUGGAACACGAAAGCGUCGAAAGAUACAUGAUGUUAAUAUAGGAGACGUUCGUUGGCAUAAGACUGGUAGGACAAAACCAGUCUUCCUGGAUGGUGUUCAACGAGGUUGUAAGAAAAUUAUGGUUCUGUAUGUCAGCCCAGUGAGAGGUGGAAAGGCAGAGAAGACUAAUUGGGUAAUGCAUCAGUAUCACUUGGGUAUGGGGGAAGAUGAAAAGGAGGGGGAAUAUGUUAUCUCGAAAGUGUUUCAUCAGCAGCAACAAGUUAAACCAAGUGAGAAAAGUGAAGAAGCUGUUCAUGAAAGCAUUGAUGUGAUAGUUGCAAAAGUGGAUCCCGUCACUCCCAAGUCUGUGACUCCUGAACCUCCUCGCACUGAAAGGAGAUUCUCCAAUAUCAAGACAGGAGAAGAAUUUUUCAUUCCUAGUGUUCAGCAUCUCAACCAGGAGAAUAUGGAAGAGGAAGUGGAAACUCCUUCCGAACAGCCCAAUAAUCCAGAUCACAACACAGAGAACUAUGGUGAUCAAGUGGAAGAUAAGAAUGGUGAUGAGGCUGUUGAUGACACGAAAUGGUGGGAAAAUGAGUCACAAUUUCUGUUAAGUUCACAGCAACUUGUGGAAGGCCUAUCUUUGUGCGAGGAGUUUCUCCAGAGCCAAUCUCCAAAUAGAGAUGGAAACGAAGAGGGUCAAGGACUGAAUCACAAAACCCUUCUAUCUGGUUAUGCUCGCUUAGGACCAGAGGAUCUGAAGAAGGAUUUGGAGGAGUGCCAAGGUUUGGCUCAUGAUCCAUUAAAUCCCGCAAACAUAGAGCUUGAUACACCUCCAGAUUUCCGGUUGAGCCAACUUGAGUUCGAGUCACAGGAAAGUUAUAUAGCUUGGGGAGGAAACAUAUCCGGCAAGGCAAUUGACUAACAUUAGUUGACGUGUCGAAGGACUGCUAAUUCGCGAGGGCACAUUUUGCAAAUCUUAUUUAAUUGAAGUGACGUUCUGGUGUAACUACUGCUAAUUCGCGAGGGCACAUUUUGCAAAUCAUAUAUAACCUAUGCUACUUGCUUCUUUUUGAGGAUAUCAACUGAUUUUGUAUUUCGUGCAGUCCACGGUUCUUUUGUUAGACCAAGCUAGUUAUAUUGUACUUGCUCCCUAUAUGAGCAGUCAAAAUCUGUUCAGUAAUCAUCCUUCUGUAGUUAUGCUUGCACAUAAACAAUCCAAUGCUCAUUCUGACAUAUUGUGUCUAAUUAUGAUAAGUGUACAUUCUAUGGGUUA